AUGCCAUCGUUCAUUGGUGCCAUCGACAAUGGCACUACCUCGUCGCGAUUCCUGAUUUUCGACGAGAAGGGCGAUCUUGUCAUCGGACACCAACUGGAGUACCGCCAGAUCUUUUCUCAUCCUGGAUGGGUUGAGCAAGACCCAAUGGAUAUCCUCGGCAGCGUCGUAAGCUGUAUCGAUGCGGCCCUCCGCAAGUUCGAGCUCCAGGGCAAUGCUGUCAAGAAUCUGAAAGGUAUUGGCAUCACGAACCAGAGAGAGACAGCCGUGGUUUGGGACAAGAGCACCGGACGGCCCUUGCACAAUGCGAUCGUCUGGUCGGACACCCGCACCAAGGACAUUGUUCGCACGUAUAGCGAGUCCUCAGAAAAGGGUGCAGAUGCUUUGAAGGAUAUCUGUGGACUGCCGAUCACGACGUACUUCAGUGCGGUCAAGCUGCGCUGGCUGCUCGACAAUUCUACAGAAGUCAAAGAGGCAUACGAUAAUGGCAACCUGAUGUUCGGAACCGUCGACUCUUGGUUAAUCUAUAACCUCACCGGAGGAGUAGAUGGUGGUGCCCAUGUUACAGAUGUCACGAAUGCCAGUCGCACGAUGCUUAUGGACAUUCGCUCCCUGAAAUGGAGCGACGAAUGCUUGGAUUUCUUUGGUGUCAGCGCCGAUAUCCUUCCGGAGAUUAAGCCCUCGUCAUCAAUGUUUGGCGAGAUCAAGCACACGGAUCUGGAGGAUCUCCAGGGCGUACCCAUUGCGGGCUGUUUGGGGGACCAGCAUGCGGCUUUGGUGGGACAGCGUUGCUUCCAGGUUGGGGAUACCAAGAAUACGUAUGGCACUGGGUGCUUCAUGGUCUUCAAUACGGGAAAGGAUAUCAUCCCUUCCAAUAAUGGGCUGUUGACGACUGUUGGAUAUCAGUUCGAGGGCGAACCAGCUGCCUAUGCGCUCGAGGGAUCAAUUGCUGUCGCUGGAUCGGCUGUGAAGUGGCUCCGAGACAAUAUGGGCAUCAUCAACAGUGCAGAGGAAGUCAAUGAUCUUGCAGCGGCAACGAAGGACAAUGGCGGCGUUGUCUUUGUUACGGCGUUUUCUGGUCUCUUUGCGCCAUACUGGCGGUCGGAUGUUCGUGGCUGCAUCCUUGGCAUUUCACAGCACACGACUAAGCAUCACCUUGCAAGAGCCACCCUCGAAGCAACGUGCUUCCAAACGCGUGCUAUCUUAGACGCCAUGAACAGUGAUUCAGGAAAGCCACUGAAGACGCUUCGUGUGGACGGUGGACUCUCGAACAGUGAUGUCUGCAUGCAAUUGCAGGCGGAUAUCUUGGGUAUCGAGGUGACUCGGCCGCAGAUGCGUGAGAGUACUGCGCUGGGAGCUGCCACUGCGGCAGCCGUGCAUCUAGAUAUCGGCAUGUGGAAGGGCGGUUUCAAGGCUUUCCUUGAGCGCAUCCAGGAGUCCAAAGAGACGCUCCAGACAUUCCAGCCCAGCAUCAGCGAACAAAAACGAGAAGAGCAAUACAGUCUCUGGCAAAAGGCCAUUGACAGUGCCCUGAGCUGGACAUGA